AUGCCUGCGCUAUCACGGCUGGUGGUGCCCUGGGCGGCAUUUUCGUCGUUGGCUGUAGCUGCGACAGCUGGCUACUUCAAUGAUACCUCGGUCUGUGCGGAUCCGAAGGGGAUGCAAAAGUGUUAUGACAAAGCGGAGACGAGCUAUGCGAAUUGUAUCACGAGCAACUGCUCCGAUGGAAGCGAGAGCUGCUACGACUCGUGUAAUGGCGAUACUACGUGCAUGGCUACGCAGUGUCCAAAUAUAGGAGUGGACUGCAUCAAUGUUUGUGGAUGCGUCAGGGCCACUGACCGGAUUGAUUGUACUGCAUCCAGUUGCUGGAACCAUGUCUACUCUUGCGAAUACCAGGAAACAGCACAAGAUGCCCUCAACCUGUGCUUAAAUUUUGAUAUGGAUCAAAUACCUUUCUGGCCAGUCCCAGAAAAUGCUGCUGGUAGAUGUUCAUGCAAUAUUGGCAAGCUGGCUCGGAAAGAAACACUGAUCUCGGCGCAACUCACGGAGUGCAGCAAUAAUAAGACCAAUCUCGAUCAAUUAUCCGGGGCGAAGGAUAUGACGAAUUAUACUCAGGCCUGCACUUGCUGCGCGCAGAGCGCCAUUGUAUCUGCCAUCUGGAGCGUAUGCCCAAAUACCAAGCCCUCGAAAAUCGGAGCCGACUACUGGUAUGACGUGUUUCUGGGUCCUCAUCACUGGGAGGAAUGUGGCCCAUACCUCGAGGCAUACGACUGUGGAAGCGAUCUAGGUUACGCCGCUGAGAGCGCCGGCGACACGCAUACCUUCUACAAGCCGAACAACCUUCCCAAAAACGGAACUGAAACACUAUAUAACACUGGCGGUGUACUGAGCACUCCAGUUAGCGGAGCCACUUUCACCUGGACCGAUGGCUCUCUUUUGCACGGUAUCACCGCUGCGUCGAUAAAUAACGUUGCCUCGGCUACUGGUACCGGGGCACAGGGAGCUACUGCGACUGCGACCGGGACUGGUGCAAGUGCUACAAAGACCGGUGGUGCAUCUAUCUAUAGCCCGCCUACAUGGGCCGGUGCCGGCAUGGCGGGUGCCCUUGCUUUGAUCAUUGCUUGA